CUGCUGCUUCGUACAGAGCGCACGUGGGUAAAAGAGGCCAACACAACACGGUCUCGCGGCUUCUCAUUGGUCCGCCGGCGAUUAUCGGGAUUGGCUAGGAGCCCAGCAGACAUGGUGGAGGUGUUUUCCGGCCGGACUCUCCUCAACAAAGACGGGGACUUCGUCGACCCCGAGGAGGCGCUGAGGAACAAAGUGGUGGGGAUCUACUUCUCCGCGGGCUGGUGCCCGCCGUGUCGCGACUUCACGCCCAUCCUGUGCGACUUCUACACGGAGCUGGUGGAGGAAAGCGACCCCCCCGCGCAGCUCGAGAUAGUGUUUGUGUCCUCCGACAAAUCGGCCGACGACAUGGUGGACUACUACCACGACAUGCACGGGGACUGGCUCGCUCUGCCCUGGACGGACGAGUAUAAAAAUGAGCUGAAGCAGCGCUACCAAAUCACCGCCGUCCCCAAACUGGUGAUCGUGAAGGAGAACGGGGACGUGAUCACCGAUAAGGGCCGGAAGCAGAUCCGGGACCGGGGCCUGGCCUGUUUCAGGACCUGGCUGGAGGCCGCCGAAAUCUUUCAGAACUUCAAGGGUUAAAAAGGAGCUCCGAAGCUUUUUACGAAGCCCCUUAAAUAUUAACACACUUCUGCUUAAGGCUGACGGAUCGCAGAAGGUUCAGUCUUUUAUCUUUUAAUCCCAUAAAGUUUAUUAUUUAUACUUAGUCCUUUUUGAAAGAGGGGAUGUCUGACCCCCUUUAGCAGUCGCUUGCAAAGAGACUUAAAGCGCUUUAGUGACAUGGUCUAAACAGCCUAUGCAUUUAAGAACGAUCUCAGGCAUUGAUCCCUGUCACACACACACGCACACACACACACAC